GUGGCGGUGAGUCUUUUUUUUUUUUUUUUCCUUCGUCUUCCUCCAUUUAUACCCCCACAUGCUGAAGAUAUGUGGAGUGCAGCACCAGAACCAAGCACAUACAGAAGACAGAUAGCUUCUUCCCUCAUUCAGCUAUACACAGUUAUGGGCAAGAGAAAAGAUCCAUUUUGGAGUUAUGUGAAACAAUUGGAUGGCGGUUUUCAAUGCAAUUGCUGUGGACGUCAAUUUUCGGGGGGCAUUCCAAGGAUCGUCGCUCAUUUGGCUGGAGUUAAAAACCAUGGGAUUGAUGUAUGCUCUAAAGUUUCUGAGAAUGUACGAGUCGAGGCUCUUUCAAAACUUGGCAAUCGUCCAAAAAAAGGUAAAAUGGAAUUCAGUUCAAGUGAUCUCCAAGAUAAUCAAGCCAUUUCAGCUUCUCCCCAAAAAUCGUCAGAGGUUUUGCAGCAAAAUGUUGAGUUUCCACAUGCAAAUGAGAAGGAUAAGAGUAAAGUGGAUGAAAAGCUCAUUAAAUUCAUUAUUUCAAAUAAAUUUCCAUCUGAUUUGCCUCAAAGACAAUCUUUUGUUGACUUGAUAAGGAGCGCAUGUGAAUAUGGCCCUGAUUAUAAGCCACCAGGUCCUCUGACUCUCUUUACUAAAAUCAUUCCUCACAUUGAGAUGGAAAGCGAGGUAUGCUUUGGAACACAAACCAAGGAAGUCUUAGCAUACAUUGAUAAUGUGAAGGGAUCAUGGGCUACAACAGGUUGCACAUUAAUGCUUCAAAAAUUGUGCAACUUCUUUUAUUUCACUGUAUGUUCUCCUGAAGGGGCUUUGUUUUUGAACUGCCAUAGAAAUUCACCGCACGAAGGGACAGAUUUUGAUAUUACAAGCAACGUUUGUUCUAUAAUUGAAGAUAUUGGGGUUGAUCAGGUUGUGCAGUUAAUCACAAAUGAUGCUUCAAUUUCUGAGGAAAUGCUCACAAGUAUGUAUCCCAAAAUUUGCAGUACUCAGUGUGUUGGUCAUCGGAUUCAUGUUUUCUUGAAGGAUGUUUAUCAUCAAGUAGAAUGGGUACAACGAUUACUCCGAAGAUCAAAAUUGAUUGUUAAAAAUUUGCAUGAAGAUGCCACAUUAUUGCACCUGAUGCUGAGCGACAAAUUCAAACGUCCUUGUAAGGCUAAAUUUGCCUCCUACUAUCAAAUGCUUCAAUCAAUUUUUGAUAAUAAGCAAGAGUUUCAACAACUCGUUACUUCUCUAAAGACAAACCAGCUGAAUUGUAACAAUGACCAGGCGAGACCGAAUGUUUUCAACAUUUUUCAAAGUGCAGAAUUUUGGAGUGAAGGGCAAGAGCUACUGGAAACUAUGAAAUCAGUUAUUAGAGUCCUUUGUUUAGUAGAAUGCUAUGGAUCAACUUCAGGUUAUUUGUAUGAAGCAAUGGAAAUGGCAAAGGAAGCAAUUGAGGAGCAGUAUAAUAAGAAUCAAAAUAAGUAUGCAGAGAUAUUGAACUUGUUUAGGAGUCUAAGUAAAACUAUCAUCCAUCCGAUGCAUCUUGCUGCUGCUUUUCUUAACCCUGUUUUUAUGAAUAGUAGAGAAUUUAAAGUUGAUCCUCAAAUACAGAGAGGCAUAGACUUUAUGCAGGAUACCUUAGUGGGCAAUGAAGAGAAGGAAAUUUUCAACGAGGAAGUGCAGCAUUAUCUCAACAAAGCACAACACACAUUCACUGUUUCUGCAAAUAAGUUUUUGAAAAAAAAUCAUCCUCGUGUUUGGUGGGAUAUACGAGGGAAACGUCUCCCAGUAUUGCGAAAGUGUGCAAUGAGAAUUUUGAGUCAACCUUGUAAAUGCAGUCUGCCUUACAAAGCAGGUCAUGUUCAAGAAGAGAUGAGCAAGGAAGCAAAUUUUUCAAAACAUAUUCUAGUCCUCAAAAUGAAUAUUAUGAUCCUCGAAGAAUUGAAAACUUCAGAAGCAGAUGUGCAAUCCCUGGAGCCAAUUGAUCUCGAAAGGUGCAGUGAACUUCCUGAUUAUAAUGAUCCUAUUCAACGUUGCGAAGAUGAUCAUCAAAUGGCGAUGAGUUUGUUCAAAGAAAAUUUUAAUGAUAAAAAUGCAGCGAAUGAGAGUGAGCCAAUAACUUUGGGUCUUUCGGAUCUGGCUCCUCCGACAGAUCAACGUCAAAACCAGUGUGAGUCAGCAACUCUGGGUCUUUCGGUUCCGGCCCCUCCGACAAAUCAACCUCCAAAUCAGUGUGAGUCAGCAACUCUGAGUCUUCCGGUUCCGGCCCCUCCGACAAAUCAACCUCCCAAUCAGAUGAUGCAACACUUUUGGGGAGAUCCUGAUUUCAAACUUUUCAGCCCGAUUUGCUCAACAGAUGCCUCCAUUUAAGUGCAGACAGGCCCAUUUUCUGAUAUAUAUAUACAGGCCCAUUUUCUGAUAUAUAUAUAU